ACAAUAAAAUGAUUGAUCUAUUCUCAAGUCCAUCUCCUAUUCCUUAAAAGUAUCAUACAAAUGAUGAAAAUAUCUAAAGUAAAUGGAUGUAAUAACGUUUCUUAUUUACACAAAGCGAUCGUAAAAAAAUUGACUUUGAUAACAGUCAUACUACGUAACUUUUGAAAUAAUCUUGAAGGAAAUCUAUCUUUCCUAUCUCUUCAUAAGAAGAAAUAAGGAUACCAAGCGCAAAAAUUGAUAUUAAAGAAUUUUAAGAUCCAUUACUUUUAAGUUCAUAUACUUAAUCAUAAAUUGACAAAAAUGAAUUUUCAUUAGAUUGUUAAUCAUAGAAGAAUCAAGUAACAUUAAAUCUAUUGAUUGUUGGUCAAUCUGGAACAGGAAAAACAACAUUUGUUGAUGCUUUACUAAAUAAAGUAAAAAUAUAAAAAAACUUAUUAUAUAGAAACCUAUAGCAAGAUAAUUUUAGGGAAAUGUUUAUUAAAGUAAUCAAGUUUAAGAAUCUAUGGGUGUAAUAGAAUAUGAUAAUCAAAUUGUUUAUUUAAACAUUUUCGACACAAAAGGGUUUUAAAAAAAUAACUAAAAAGUAUGGUUUAAGGAUAUUAGACAUUUUAUAGAUUAAAAGGUAUUUUGCAUUGUUUAUUAAAGUUUAAAACUUAAAUUAGAAGAAAUAAAUAUGCUUAUUUAAACAAAACAUUGUAUUCUUAAAUGUCUAAUUUAGUAAAUGACGAAAGAGUAAUCAAUUUUUUAAGUAUUCUAUAGAUUCAUUUAUGUCUUUACUUUCUUAGUGGACCUGCAUAUAUUAAUGAAGAUAUUUAAUAUUUACAAAAGUUAUCCAACUUAGUAAAUGUUAUACCAAUUAUAGCCAGAGGUGAUUAAUAUACAAAAUCAGAAGUUCUUGAAUUAAAAUAAAGAUACAAUAGAAUUUUUAAAGAAUUCAAUAUUGAUAUCUAUGAUUGUCUCAAAAUUAAUGAUUAAUCGUUUAAACAAUAACUUAUCCAAGGGGAAUUUGGAUAAUGUUCUCCUUUCAUGAUUAUUGCUUCUACUUAUGAAUUUUAUAAUGAUUAAGGUAAAAAGAUAUAAGGAAGACAGUAUCCAUGGGGAUAAUGUGAUCUAUGGAAUCCUUAACAUUCAGAUUUUUUAUUACUUUAUAAAUCAUUAAUAGGACAUUACAUUUAUGAUUUAAUUAAGCUAACUGAUUUCUAUCAACAUAGUUUUAUUAAAAGAAAACAAGAAAUUCAAAAAAAGAACAAAAGUCGAAUGGGUUUUUUAAACUAAGUAUUAGUUCAUAUCAAUUAAUUAUUAUAUUUAAUUGAUUGA